AUGUUUGCUUUCAAGACUUUCCUCGCUGCUUCUGCUUUAGCUUCUACAGCUAUAGCUCAUUUCACACUUGAUUAUCCUACAUCUCGUGGAUUUGAUGACGAUAACGAGCCUCAGUACUGUGGUGGUUUUCCAGACGUUGCAAGCUCAAGACAAUCUUUCCCACUCGGUAAAGGACCCAUAUGGAUUGAUUCUCAUCAUAAUCUCGCUACAGUGGUAGCAUUCAUUUCAACUUCUUCAUCACCCACCUCUUUCAGUGAUUUCAACACUACUUCAAAUGGAACUUCUAUUCCAUUGGCUAGUUCGAUAUUCCAAGUCAAAGAAGGAGAAGCUUGUUUCAAUGUCGAUCUUUCAAGUUUAGGUGUUGGUCUGACUAAUGGUAGUCAAGUCACUUUACAAGUACAGUAUGAUGGUGGCGAUGGAAACCUUUAUCAAUGUACCGAUCUAGUAUUGAUUGAAGGAUAUUCUGUACCAUCAAACGAAACAUGUACCAAUGACGUUUCGGUCAAUUCCGCCAGUACUUCGAGUGGAUCCUCUUCUAGUUCAGGAGCAACCUCAGCCUCAGCUUCUUCCAGCAGUAGCGGUGCUUUCGCUCAGAAAGAGGUGGUCGGCUGGGGUAUCGUUAGUGUAGCUAUGGGUAUUGCCGGUUUGGCCUUCCUUUAG